UGGCGCAGCAGGAAGCGGCGGCGGACGCGGCCCGAGUUCCCGGCGCCGGCUUCGGCCCCAAGUCUUCUCCCGCUCCAGUCAUGCUCGACUUCUUCACCAUCUUCUCGAAGGGCGGGCUUGUGCUCUGGUGUUUCCAGGGCGUGAGCGAUUCGUGCACCGGGCCCGUGAACGCGUUGAUUCGUUCCGUCCUGUUGCAGGAACGGGGAGGUAACAACUCUUUCACUCAUGAGGCCCUCACACUCAAGUAUAAACUGGACAACCAGUUUGAGCUGGUGUUUGUGGUUGGCUUUCAGAAGAUCCUCACACUGACCUAUGUAGACAAAUUGAUAGAUGAUGUGCACCGGCUGUUUCGGGAUAAAUACCGCACAGAGAUCCAACAGCAAAGUGCUUUAAGUCUAUUGAAUGGCACUUUUGAUUUCCAGAAUGACUUCCUGCGGCUCCUUCGUGAAGCAGAGGAGAGCAGUAAAAUCCGUGCUCCCACUACCAUGAAGAAGUUUGAAGAUUCUGAAAAAGCUAAGAAACCCGUGAGGUCCAUGAUUGAAACACGGGGGGAGAAGACCAAGGAAAAAGCAAAAAACAACAAAAAAAAGGGGGCCAAAAAGGAAGGUUCUGAUGGCCCUUUGGCUACUAGCAAAAUAGCCCCUGCAGAAAAGUCAGGUGUACCAGUGGGACCUGAGAACGGAGAACUUUCCAAAGAGGAGCUGAUACGCAGGAAGAGAGAGGAGUUCAUUCAGAAGCAUGGGAAGGGUCUGGACAAAUCCAGCAAGUCUACAAAGUCAGAUAUUCCAAAGGAGAAGGGCAAAAAGGCACCCCGGGUUUGGGAACUAGGUGGCUGUGCUAACAAGGAAGUCUUGGAUUACAGUACUCCUACCACCAAUGGAACCCCAGAGGCUGCUUUGUCUGAAGAUAUCAACUUGAUUCGAGGAACUGGGCCUGGGGGACAGCUUCAAGAUCUGGAUUGCAGCAGCUCAGAUGAUGAAGGGGCCACUCAAAACACCAAACCUAGUGCUACCAAGGGAACUCUGGGUGGCAUGUUUGGGAUGCUGAAGGGCCUUGUGGGUUCCAAGAGCUUAAGUCGUGAAGACAUGGAGUCUGUGUUAGACAAGAUGCGCGAUCAUCUCAUUGCUAAGAAUGUUGCUGCAGAUAUUGCUGUCCAGCUCUGUGAAUCUGUUGCCAACAAGUUGGAAGGGAAAGUGAUGGGGACAUUUAGCACUGUGACUUCCACAGUCAAGCAAGCUCUGCAGGAGUCUCUGGUACAGAUUCUGCAGCCACAGCGUCGCGUAGACAUGCUCCGGGAUAUCAUGGAUGCCCAACGUCGCCAGCGCCCUUAUGUUGUCACCUUCUGUGGUGUUAAUGGAGUGGGGAAGUCUACCAAUCUUGCCAAGAUUUCCUUUUGGCUUCUAGAGAAUGGCUUCAGUGUCCUCAUUGCUGCCUGUGAUACAUUUCGGGCUGGGGCUGUUGAGCAGCUUCGUACUCACACCCGACGUCUCACUGCCCUCCAUCCCCCUGAGAAGCAUGGCGGUCGGACGAUGGUGCAGUUGUUUGAAAAAGGCUAUGGAAAGGAUGCUGCUGGCAUUGCCAUGGAAGCCAUUGCUUUUGCGCGCAACCAAGGAUUUGAUGUGGUGCUGGUGGACACAGCUGGCCGCAUGCAAGACAAUGCCCCCCUGAUGACUGCCCUGGCCAAACUCAUUACUGUCAAUACACCUGACUUGGUGCUGUUUGUGGGGGAGGCCUUAGUAGGCAAUGAAGCCGUGGAUCAGCUGAUCAAGUUCAACAGAGCCUUGGCUGACCAUUCUAUGGCUCAAACACCUCGGCUCAUUGAUGGUAUUGUUCUUACCAAAUUUGACACCAUUGAUGACAAGGUGGGAGCUGCUAUUUCUAUGACAUACAUUACAAGCAAACCCAUCGUCUUUGUGGGCACUGGCCAGACCUACUGUGAUCUACGCAGUCUCAACGCCAAGGCUGUGGUGGCUGCCCUCAUGAAGGCUUAACGUGGCUUUGCCUAAUACCAAAUUGCCGCUUGCCCGAAGUCCCCAUUUCUGUAUCAAGAAUGUGCUUUAGAGUAUGUGAGCACCUUGUCUUCAGUGUAGUGCAAAGGCAGAGUGAGGGGACUUGCAGCUCCUAACUCUACUCCAUGUUCAGCCCUACCUCCUGCAAGGAGGGCCUAAUCAUGUUACAAUCACUGCCCGAUGACCCUCCCCCCCCUUUAUCACCACAAGCCUCUUCCUUCUCAGGCAUCUCCUUCACUCUGCCUAGAUUCAGUAUCAUAGCUUUGACCAAUGGUUGGAAAACCCAACACCUGGAGUAUUGCUAACCAGUGUGAUCACAGAGCCAUCUGAGAUAAGGAGCAGUUUGAAGUCCCAGCUCUAUUGGGUUACUUCCAGAGCCAGCUCUGGGUCUUAAUGGCACCUCUCUCUAGAAUAUACAGCUUUCGGGUCUCUGGUGCCAGGGUGACAGCCACCUCACUGUGGCAGUGAUGGUGGUCUAUUCUUAAUUGCUGCUAAUUCUAAAUCUGAUGAUGAACUCUAUACCUGAUUGUUGCCCCAAAGCAUCAGUUAGAUCUUGUUACAAAUGAGUGAAAGGUGAGUGCUCACUUCUCUCAGAAACAAAGGGAGCUGAGUUGCCUUCCAACUUGUCCCUGCUCCCAAAAUCCAGAUGUAAGCUUUGCAUGUUUACCUUCCUGGGAGAAAACCAGUUGUCAGAAGGGUUAUCGUUGUCCUAUACCCCACUCCACCCCAACCCUUGGCCUCCUGAGCAGGUCCUGGCUUUUCCCCAUCCUCUUCUACAGUGCCUGGUAGACAAGUGCUACGUUGAAGAACACAAACCUCUUGUUAAGACUUGUCCUGUAGUUUGGUAUUACAGAUGUGCUACUAGUGCAAUAAGGUGAAGGCUGUCUGCCCAGAGAAAUACAUAAUUUAUAUAAGAAAAUAAAUUUCAUAAAGAA